AUGGAAGAGAAUGGAAUGAAUCUUUGCAAAGCUUCUGCAACUGGGCUAAACCUUAAGUAUAUUUCUUCAAAAACUGACGACGAAUGGCCGCCUUUGGCAGUUGAGUCGUCUUUCAGUUACGUUGCUAACUCGGAGAAGUCCAACAAGCUACGAAAUGGCUCGCCGAAACAACACGAAAGAUGCCAGAGCUCGACAACUCCGCAAAAUGGAAUGUCGACAGCUCCAAGUGUGAAUGGAGUCGUUCAUUGUCAAUAUAAAACAGUAUCGGAAGGGAAAAUGAAGAACUGUUUGGAUAAAGAUAAACAUGGUUUCAAUUCAGACUUGUCAUUAACAGGGAAACGUUUACAAUUGUCGCCGGAAUAUUGGAGCGCUGAUUAUGCAUUGCAUACUCGAUCGCGCAGUGAGGAAGAACCCCGCGCUAGCUCUGGCCUACACAUCUAUCCCCCUGCGAGAGUUUCGUAUAUAAACGAAGUUAACCCAAGACAAUCCUACACAAACGAGCUUAACGCUAGACCGUCCUACGAUUUUGAUAUUUUUUCAAACCGCCAGCGUCUUCCAUCAUUCUGCCCACGUCCUUUGGGUCAGCCGUGGGCGGGUAACACCGAGCGGCAGAGAUUGCGGGCAGGAGAACUUAGGAGACCGCUAGACGAUAUACACGCCUCGGGGGAAAGGCAGCCUUUGUAUACGAGGAAAGGGAGCCACCCUCAACGGUUCACCCGCGCUCCCCAGCUAAGAAGAAUCUCGUCUCAGGAUAGUUUCAGAAGUCAUAUCCCACGUACACGCUCGACAUCCCUACCUGUCCCUGUUAAACUCCACGAUUCCCGGGUGGUGAUGGAGUGGAAUGAAAAACGAAAUGGAGGAGUGACGUAUGUUACUCCAGUCUUGAAAACUUUGAGUGAGGGAGACUUGAGUUACUCACAACUCAGGAUUGAAGGCGAAGCUGUGAACCGUAAACCACAACAGGAUUAUUUUGCAGACGAUGUAUAA